AUGCAGGAGAACGAAGAGGAGGCUACAUUGCCUAGCAAAUUAUACCUAACACACACACGCACACAAAGAGUUGUUAUUGUUGGUGGUGGUGGUGGUAAGGGUGAUGAUGAUGAUGAUGAUGCUGCCGAUGUUGAUGGUAGUGGUUGGUUGGAUGGAUGGAUGGAUGAUGACGAUGAUGAUGAUGAUGAUGAUGAUGAUGAUGAUGAUGAUGAACCUUCGUCUAUCUUUGCUCAGCUGUCGGUGGUGCCUUCCCAGGAAUAG